AUGUCGACGCCUCGCGCGUCCGCGGCGACGCGGACGCGGACGACGCGCGCGUCGUCGUCGUCGUCGUCGACGACGUCGACGACGGCGACGGCGACGACGACGACGAAAAGGACGCUCCUCCUCCUCGUCGUCGUCCUCCUCGCGGCGAGCGCGACGACGCCCGCGCACGCGCGCCUCCCCCCGUCGCCGUGCUUCCACGCCCUCGACGAGCUCUCGAGCGCGGUGUACGCGCUCGAGGCGAGCGCCGCGCGCGCCGACGCGUCCGUCGCCGCACAGGGCGCGCGCGUAGGCGGCGUCGACGGCGGGUUCUACGGCGGCGCGUUCCAGGGCUGGGGCGCGCCCGGCCUCGAGUAUGAUGACUUCGACGACGACGCGAGCGGCGGGAACGCGACCGACGCGGGCGUCGUCGUCGCCCAGGGCGCGCGCGGCACCUACGCGGGCGUCCGCGCGACCGGCGAUCGCGCCGCCGCGCUCGGGGACGACACCGCCGCGCUCGGGGACUUGUCGUUCGUCGCCGGCGCGUCGUCGCUCGCGCUGGGGGUCGCGUCGCUCGCGGUCGGGAAUCGCACGACCGCGACCGGCGACGCGUCCGUCGCGCUCGGGAAGGGCGGACGCGCGACCGCGGAGGCGUCGAGCGCGCUCGGGAUGUUCACCGAGGCGGGCGGGGUGGGGUCGGUCGCGGGCGGCGUGAACUCGAUCGCGUCGGGGGAGGCGGCGACCGCGUUCGGGACGAGCGCGGAAGCCUCCGGCGCGGGCUCGGUCAGAACAGCCCUCGGCGACCUCUCCGCAUCUUUCGGCGCCUACACCAUGGCGCAGGGCGCGUCCGCGACGGCGAUGGGCGCGGGCACGACCGCGUCCGGCGACGCGUCCACGUCCGUCGGCCUCCUCUCGCGCGCGUCCGGCGUCGCCUCGUUCAGCGCGGGCGACCGCACGCGCGCGUCCGGGGAAGCCUCCGCGGCGUUUGGCGUCGACGGCGAAUCCUCGGGGCGAGGAAGCGUCAGGCGCGUUCUAUCUCACACUGGUCCCCAUACGACCGCGUUCGCGUGGUGCACGCCGAUCCUUGAGGACUUUCUCUCCCGGCGUUCGUUUCGCUCCGCCCACCCCUCGCUUUCGCUUUCAAUACCCGACCUACGCGACGCCUUUCAACUCCCGACUGACGCCUUUGAACUCCACCCCGACGUCGUCGCUUUUAACGAUGGACCCUCGACCCUCAGCCUCGGUGUCCUCUCCAACGCGCGCGGGGAAGCGGCGUUCGCGCAGGGCCUCCGAUCGUCCGCGACCGGCGGCGGCGCCGCGGCGUCGGGCGUCGGCGCGAUCGCGUCCGGGCUCGGCGCGAUCGCGCAGGGCGUCGCCGCGGUGUCGACCGGUUUAUCUUCCAACGCGCUCGGGUUCGCGACCAUCGCGCAAGGGAUCGGCUCUUUCAGCGGCGGCUUCGGGUCGUUCUCCGCCGCGAACGCCGUCGGGUCCGUCGCGCUGGGCAUGUUCGAUCGCGCGGACGGCACCGGGUCCGUCGCGAUGGGGAUGCUGAGUCGCGCGUCGUCGAAUCGCGCGGUCGCGAUCGGGGACCGCGCGUGCGCGGGCGCCGAGUGCGACGCGCCGGCGGCGCGCGAAAACGACUCGGCGACGAACGACGUCGCCGCCUCCGUGGCGAUCGGCGGCCGCGUCGUGGCGAACGGCGCGGGCGCGAUGGCGUUCGGGUACCGCUCCGUCGCGAGAGGCUCGCACGCGCUCGCGGCGGGGCUCUACGCCGUCGCGGACGGCCCCUCCGCGGUCGCGCUCGGGAACCGAACGCUCGCGGACGGCACGGCGUCGUUCGCGAGCGGGGAGAAGGCUGUCGCGUCCGGCGCGCGCGCGAUUGCGAUGGGUCUCGAGACCGUCGCGAGCGCCGCCGGCGGCGUCGCGAUCGGCGCGCGCUCCGUCGCCGCGGGCGAGGGCGCGAUCGCGAUCGGCGGCGGCGACGCGCGCGCGAUGCGCGAAGGGUCGAUCGCGCUCGGGGCGGGCGCGACGUCGGACGCGAAAAAUGCCGUCGCGAUGCCCGGCGCGACGGCGACGGAGGACGACUCCCUCGCCGUCCUCGGCGUCGUCUUCGCCGCGGACUUUCGAGUCUCCGGCGGCGGAGGCGCCGGCGUGGUCGCGCUGCUCGCCGCGGUCGAGAGCCUGCGGAAUAAGACGGACGCGCUCGAGCUGAGAGUCGCCGCGCUCGAGGCGGCGGCGGCGGCGGCGGCGGCAAACGGCGACGGCGACGGCGACGACGACGACGAAGGCGGCGACCCCCCGCCCGCGAACGUCGUCGAGGUGACCUACGGCCUGUCCGGGUACACCGAGGAGACGUUCGGGGAGACAGAGCGCGCCUCCUUCCGCGGCGCGGUCGCGGCGUUACUCGGCGUCGACGAAGACGCCGUGCGCAUCGUCGCCGUGACGAACCGGGACGCGACGCGACGACGACUGCUGCAGGACGACGCGGACGGCGGCGGCGGCGGCGUCGACGUUCAGUUCGAGGUGGACGUCCCGGACGCGUCCGCCGCGGAGACCGUCGCGGAGCAGGCGAACUACUUCGCCGCCGACGACGCGGGCGCGACGACGCUCGUCACGAGUUUACGAGAGAAAGGGCUCUCGAGCGUGAGCGAAGUGCGACUCGCCGCGAGCGCGGUCGUCGUCGUCGCGCCGCCGCCGCCGACGACGACGCCGUCGGCGCCGAGCCCGUCCGGCGCGCCGCCGCUGGACGACGACGACGACGACGACGGCGCCGCGGACGCGCCGGCGUCGUCGCCCGCGGACGGCGCGCGCUUCGCCGUGGACGCGCCGGCGUCGUCGCCCGCGGACGAGGACGCGGCGGCGACUGCGGAGGACGACGCGGCGUACGACGCGCCGCCAGACUAUUAA